CUUAAGGACAACCUAAUGUCUCCCUGAGGGAAAAGUACGCGGUUAUCAGCCCCUUCUAUCUAACAACGUGUGCCAGGGAUCAGGAGGAGGCGGCCGCGUCUAGUCCUGCCAGUCAUUGUGGAGCCGGGCAGCAGAGGAGCCGCAGUGCUGUAUACUGCAGCUUGUCACCGUGCACGGCGCGCCCCUCAGCAAUACCAUGGAUGAAGAGGGGGACGAGAAGGAGGAGGAGACGAGGGCACGGACAUCGGGAUGGGUGCUGCUCCUUACUAUGUGCGCAGCAGGUAUCGGAGGCACUUUCCAGUAUGGAUACAACCUCACUAUCAUCAAUGCACCCACAACUCACGUUCAAAAAUUUGUGAAUGAGACAUGGCUAGAGCGGUAUGGAUCAGAGCUGGACAGCUGGAUAAUAACCCUCAUCUGGUCCAUAAUGGUCUCUGUGUUCCCACUUGGUGGCUUCCUGGGAGCACUACUGGCAGGUCCUAUGGCUAUCAGGCUGGGAAGAAAGAAGUCCUUGCUCUUCAAUAAUCUGUUUAUUAUACUGUCUGCAAUCUUUUGUGGGUUCAGCCGCUAUGCCAAGUCCUUUGAGAUGAUUAUACUGGGGAGAAUCUUAGCUGGUGUGAAUUCUGGAGUCAGCAUGUGUAUUCAUCCUAUGUAUCUUGGGGAAAGCGCCCCCAAAAAACUACGUGGCACAGGAACUUUGUCGUGUGCAGUCAGUACUGCCACUGGGCUGGUAUUGGGGCAAGUGGUAGGACUCAGGGAGAUAUUGGGCAGUGAGGAGGUAUGGCCUCUUCUCCUAGCUAGCAACGUGGUUCCAGGUAUCCUACAGCUGAUUUUUCUACCUUGGGUUCCUGAAAGCCCUCGAUAUUUGUUAAUUGAUUUGAAGGACAAGGAAUCCUGCAUGGUUGCUUUACGUCGGCUUCGGGGGAACUGCGAUUUUAGUAGUGAGGUGGAGGAGAUAAUGGAGGAGCAGGCAGCUAUACAAGGACAGAAACCAAAGAGCCUUUGUGAGCUUAUACGGGAGACAUCCCUGCGUCCGCAGCUUCUCACUAUAGUGGUUCUCAGUAGUGCCAUGCAACUGUGUGGUAAUGACUCGAUGUAUUUCUAUGCAUCCUAUAUAUUUCAAGCAGCUGGGAUCUCCUCGGAGAAGAUUCAGUAUGUUGUGAUUGGCACAGGAAGUUGUGAGCUCCUCACUUCAAUCGCUUGUACUAUAGUCAUUGAUCGUGUUGGACGCCGCGUACUCUUGAUGGGAGGGUACAGCUUAAUGUCUGUAUGGGCUGUGGUUUUUAUGGUAUCCUUAUCUCAACAGGAUCACUUUAUGUGGAUGCCGUAUCUCAGCAUGGUCUGUAUUUUUGCCUACAUCUUGAGCUUUGGAAUUGGUCCAGCCGGAGUUACUGGUUUAAUGCCGGCGGAGAUAUUUGACCAGAUGGCCCGACCUGCAGCAUACAUGAUCUGCGGCUCCAUCAUGUGGCUUACACUAUUUGUGGUGGGCUUGGCUUUCCCUUUUAUUGUGCAAGGACUUGGUCAUUUUUGCUUUAUGCCGUUUCUACUGGUCUGUGUCACCACUGCUGUAUAUAUUGGAUUCUUCAUCCCAGAGACGAAAGGAAAAAGUGUUUUAGAAAUCACUGAAGAAUUUACAGCGCGUAGAGCUAAACCACACUGUGAGGAAAAUGGCUGGCUUGGUGCUCAAGAGAUCAAAACGACUAGUUUGUGAGAGGAAGGCGUAUUGUACAUUAUAGAACUGAGCGCACUGAAAUAGUGUAGCUCAUCCUUUACUUGCAGCAAUAGAGCUGGAAUUUAAGAGAGAAAUGUAAAAUCUUAUCUAAAAUGUCUUCCGAACCUGCCUGUUUUUGCACAGUUUGCACGUUUUUUAAUUGCCCUUCACAUUAAUGUGUUUCCAUCCACUCCAAAAGAAAAUUACCUUAGCAUGAUCAUCUGUCUUAAAAGCUGCUAAAGAAUUCUGCUGCAUCUGUAAUACUUGAACUAGUCAUAUCAUUGGUUUAUACCACUUUUAAUGGUGUUAUAUUAUUACUGCUUUACUUUUUCUAAUGCAGCAUGAUAUUGUUGUCCCCAAAAUCUCUGUAUUUAUUAUGAGGUGUAAAAUUUACAUAGACUUGCUGUACCACAUAUAUGUAGUCAUUUUAAAAUAUAUGUUAAUUGUUCUGUG